CAUCAAUCAAUUUAUACCAAGAACAAUAAAACAAACAAACAUCCAAUAUCCAAUAUCCAAAAACAUACCCAAAGUAAGCAUUAGGCAUACAUUUGUUGUUCUUCCCUGUUCUUCAUCAAGCGAGUCACCAACAAGUGACGUGACGUGACGUGACGUCUUACCCUGUCAUCCAAACUGCAGCCCUACCAACACAACAUAUCAAAGCAAUCCAACCCCUUCAUCAACCCCUCACACGAUAUACAAUAAUAGAUAACGAAAUAUACUCUUCAAACAUGGCUACAUAUACAUCCACUCCUCUCUUCGGGGGCGCUCUCAUAGUUGAUCUUCCCUCUACAUUCGCCGACGUCAGGUAAGGUUCAAAAAGAAAAAUAACCAACGCCAAACCCCUCCAGCCCCACCUUCUUUCUGCCAAAACUCACAAUCAGCAAUCACCACAUCAACUGACAAAUUCCAUAGUACAAUAAGACAAGUUCCCGAUCAUCAAGAGGUAUAUUUGGAUAAAGAUGGCUUCACAAGUAUCAUCUUCGAUAUCACAGAGCGAGUAGGUACAGCAGGUUCCAGCCCAGCGACCGAUGGAGCGGCUAUGACGACUCAUUUGGAGGAUAUCGUUGAUUCGGAUCUUGAUACUGUUAAAGUAUGGUCGAUUACCGAUACCAAGUUUACCAAAUUACCGUAAGUGCCUCCUAUCCAUUCAUACCCUUUUAUUCCGCCUUCCCAUCACCAUUUCCCCUCAUCCCACCACAUCACGUGCCGUAUCAAAAUACCGGUAUCAGCAGAGCUGACAACCCCAAAGAGAAGGCAUACCAGCCUACACUCUAAUUGCAACUCAAACACCACCUCAUGAUCCCAACUCCCAUACCUCGGCUCCCGAUUUCACUGCAAUAGUACUCAAUCUGAUUCGUUUGGAGCGGGAGAGAACGGAUAUUUUGGUCACGAUUAAUGUUCCACAUAUUAAAGGUGAGUAUUCGGCUGAUGAUGUGGAUUUGCAAUUGGGGAAACAGGGGAAGUUGAUUGAGAAUGCGGUGGAACAUGCGGCGAAGAUUUGGGAGACGUUUAAGAUUAAGGAUUGGGGGCUUUUUGAUGAGGUUUAGAUGCGGAAGUGGAUGAGAGGGGUAAAGGGUUUGGGAGGUGCAUGGAUUUUGGAGAUUGCAUGAAGGGAUUGGUAUUGGUCGAGUCUGAUGUAUUAGCAUGGUAUGCUGAAUGAUCUACCUUGGCCAGGAGUGGAUGGCGGAAUUCCAAGAUGAUGUCUUAUGGAUGAUUUUCAUAUUUUCGUUUAUUAUAUCAGGAAGGACAAUGCUGAUUUACUGAAUAUUCGUUUUGAGAUUUGCUAUACAAAGGAAAGAUUACAUGGUUCAAUUAA